AAAACUUCAAGCAGAAAAAAGAAAUCCCCAAAUUCGCAGUUUCAGGGUUCCAUUUCUUCUGGUGAAAUCAAGCUAAACCAGUAACUGAAGAAACACCAGAUUCUUAGUAUUAGUUUAUUGAUUGUACUUCUUAAUCAUGGAGGAAAAACCAGAAACAGUAGCAGUGGAUGAAAGCAGUGAAAGGAAACACCCACCCCCAUUACCAGAAUCAGCAGCACCAUGGCUAGUAAUUCCGUUCGAAGAAGAAGGUAACAAUCAAAACCAAGCUUUGUAUAACAUUUCUGAACCAAAUAACAAAACAAUUAGAAAAUCCAUACCUGAAUUGAAUGGCGGUAAUACAUUUUAUCAGAAACCAUCUCAUCAAGGAUGGGUAGUUAUUCGUUGUGAUGAUGAAGAUGACGAAUUGAAUCAUGGGGUUUGUUUUUUAUGGAAUCCAUUAUCAUUAAAAAAUAUUCAGUUACCUAAUAUUGAAGAUUUACUUUACGAUAUAUACGAUGAUGAUGAUUUCUGUAUUUACGAUUGUGUUUUAUCGUCGCCGCCAAAAAAUGGUUGUGCUAAUGAUAAUGAUGAUUCAGUGGUUUAUUUCCUUGUUCUGGAAUGUGUUAAUUUGAUUGUGUAUUGUCGCGUUGGUGAUGCAAAUUGGGCAAUAUUGGAGAUUCCUAAAGGAAUUGUAGGUGACAGGGACAUGACUUCGCUCAUUUGCUUUAAAGGUAAAUUGUAUGUAAUGUGCUGUAAUGAUCAUCGUCAGCUUGUGGUUGAAAGGCUACCACAACGCUGUGGUAAUUGUGAUUGUAUUAGCCUUGGAAUUAGACGGUUAGAAGUCAGUGUUGACCGUUUUGUGUUUCCGUAUAGAGGAGGAUACUCGUGUGUUGGUAACACAUACUUUCUGGAGUCGGAUGAGGAAAUAUACAUGAUUGAAAUGGUGUGCUUGGAUAAAAGAGGAUACCUUAAUUAUCUGGUCGUCUCAAUAAAUAUGUCGAGGUUGGAUUUCUCUAGUAUGUCUUGGAAGGAAGUGAAUACUUUAGGUGAUACAGUUCUAUUUCUUGGCGAAAAUACUAAUGCUUGCUGCUCGGCGGCUGAGUUGGGUCUUAGCAAGGGUUAUCUGUAUUACACAUUGCCCGAAGAUAAAGGUUUGUACAUGUUUGAUGUAGAGGACAAAUGUACUACGACUAUUUUGCCUUGUUCAGAGUUGCCAACUUCAUGGUUUUCCUCGCAGUGGAUAAUGAUGCCUCAACCAACCAUCAGUGUCGCUGUUGGAGGAGAACUUAAGCACAAUUUGUCAAGCAAAGUCAGACAAGACGAUUACCCAAUAAAGAUGAAGGAAACGGAAGAAAAAAUAAGUGAAGAUGACAAUGAGAAUCUGAAGAAAAAACAAAGGAAGGAAUGUCUGGAUGAACCAAGACCUUGGAUGGUCAUUAAUGAGGACAUUGUGAACUCGAUUGCAUGUCAUCUACAUCCGGUGGAUUUCUUACAUUUCCGUGCAGUCUGUAAGGCAAAUAAGCUUCCAAUAGUAAAGCAGAUUUCUGGGGCUAUAAGAAGCACGUAUUUAACUCCAUGGCUGUUGUUUUCAACAGAAAAUGCUACUCGCUACAAUUUUGUAGAUCCAAUGCAUAAUAACGAGAAGUACCUCAUGAACCUCCCUGAAUUGCUAGCCGGUGCAAUAGUUCGUUGUCAGAAGGGUGGUUGGCUGUUGAUGUCGAAAGGUAGGUUUACCUUAUUCUUCUACAAUCCAUUUACAAAAGAGACCGUUCAACUUCCGGAGUUGCAAAGUGGUUAUUGCUUUGCUGGUAUUACAUUCUCCUCUUUACCAACUUGCUCAGACUGUGUAGUUUUUGGCAUUACGCAACAAAAUGAAGAAGAAAUUUCCAUUUGUAUAAUUCAAAGGGGAGCUGAUCGUUGGAUAUUUGAUUUCUUUGAAAAUAGUGAUGUGGAGAAGUUCAUGCCGACGUAUAACGAACCAGUUUUUCACAAGGGAUCUUUUUACUGCGUAGAUUUUAACGGAACUUUGGGAGUUUUUAAUGAGGGCAGUUGGAAAGUCCUCAAAAGGCCUCAUGGACACUGUAAUGCUGCAUAUGUCAGCUUCUUGGUGGAAUGUGAAAACGAGCUUUUAUUGGUGCGAAAUCUUGGAUUUUCUGUUACAGUAUUUAGGUUAGAUAGCUUAAAAAUGAUCUGGCGGAAAGUCAAAAGUUUGGGGAAGCAUAUGUUAUUUAUCAAUUUUACAUCGUGUCUCUCAGCUGUUGCCCCGAAAAGUUGCAUGGUAAACAAAGUCUACUUCCCGAGAUUGCAUGACGAACGGAUUUUGUACUACUCGCUUGAGACUGGUAGUUAUCAUUCAGUUGGAAGUACGCAUUCUGCCAAGGAUUAUUUUGACACGAAGAGUUGGACAAACUGUACUUGGAUUGUACCUAAUUGGUCACGGUCCACAUCUCAAGAGCUCGUCUGGCUUAAUCCUCUCUGAACUAGUAUUAGUUUUUCCUUUUAAUUAGUCUACAUUAGGAUAUCUUAUAUCGUUGAAUUUCAGAUGCAUACUUGCUAUAAAUAUAUAUCAUGUGUUUCAGGUGACAUAUUCUUUGGUGUCAGAUUCCUGCGAUAGAUUGAUCUAAUUAUUCCUUCUUGUUAUAAUGUCAUCUUCAACUGUGGUACUUUUUUUCAGAUAUAUACUGAUUAGAUCUUUUCUUUUUUCC